AUGUUGGCCACAAAGUCUCUAUCGACGACGGUGACGACGGAGCCUCUUCAAACGGAAAACGGCUUGGUCCUCGCGGCGCGCAUUCGCAUCAAGCCAUCACUCCAUCACCCGCCCCCCGCGGCUCUUCCUCUCCACCGCAUCCGCACACCCACCGCGUCGCCAGCACACCCACCGCGUCGCCAGCACACCCACCGCGUCGCGAGCGCGGCCGCAAUUGCGAUGGGCAACACGGCAGAGCAGCAGGCGUCGUUCGCGGCGUUCGACUUCGCGGGAAGCGCGGCGUGGCGGGACUAUUUCAACAAUCUCACCAUUCCGCCAGAUAGGGCCAACGACCCCGCCGUCCUCCGCCGCUACAGACAAAAGUUCUUCCGCCAGUGCGUGGAUCCCGACUUCCAAGUCGAUCCGCUGCAGCCCGCCGCUUCCCCCGCCUCCGCCACUCCCCCCGCCUCGUCCGCCUAUGCCGCACCCUCUUCCGCCUCCACUGCGCCCCGAACCUCAGCCGCGGGCCGAGCCUCGGCAGCAGGCACUGGAAGCAGCGGCAGCACGGGGGGAACUGGUAGCAGCAGCAGAACCGGCGGUACCACCGGCGGUAACACUGGCGGUAACGCGCGCAUGGGUUUGCAGACAUACACCUUCGUGGCGCACGCGUGGGUGGUAACGAUGGCGCUGGUCGCGCUCUUCCCCCUGUGCCCGCGCGCGCUGCUCGUGCGCGCCUUCCGCCUCGCGCUCUUCGGCGGGCUCGUCGCGUCCGCCCUCUCCAUCCUGCAGCGCCACGGACGCCCCGCCGCGCUCUCACUCCCCGCGCUCAAAUCCUGGCUGCAAACCCUCCUAACCGGACCCCACCUCCUCACACUCAUGCACUGCUCCGUCUUCCUCCCGUCCCCGCACCCCAUCGCGCUCGCCCUCCUGCCCCUCGCCGCGCGCUCCCUCCUCCCGCUCACCACGCACCUCCAACAGAACUUCAGCCAAGCUAGCCUCUACCGAUCUUACCUCGCAAAACCCUGCGAGUGGGUAGCAGCAAACCGGCAACAAGUAGAGCUAUUCACAGCCAACACAGAAGUCAUGCUAGGGCCGUUACUGGCCUUCUACCUUCUCACUCCGCAGCGCAGUUUCUUCCAGGUGUUUCUGUACUGGCAGCUGCUCAAGAUGCGGUUUCACGCGCCGGCAUCGGCGUGGUAUCACCGGCAGAUCUGGGGGCAUCUGGAGGCAACGGUGCUGCCGCAUGUGCAGCGGUAUGUGCCGGUGCUGCUGAGCCCCAUUGGGUAUGUGCAGCGGUGGUUUCAGUCUAUGGGGAGGGCUUGA